AAUCAGUCAUCUUUUUCACCAUAUCGUCAUCUAUUCACAGUCAGAUUCUCUCUGCAACACUAACACUUUACGACAAGAAACCAAAUUGCGCCUUCUUUUCUAAUCUCUCACUGAUUUCAUUGUCUCCCUCAUUAAUCUAAUCACAUUAAAAUAUAUAUUAAAGAAGCUACCCUCGCUCACACGCUCUCUUGUUCAUACUUUUAGUCAAUGCACCGACUGCUUUUAUUUCCAUGGAUCUGAUCACUUCUUGGUAGCUGAAUUCUGGGAGAGGAAUUGACAGGUUUGAUUAAAUAUCCAGACAUUAUAAUAUGUACAGAUCGUUUGUGACAUGUGAUGAUCCAAAUGGAGUUGUAGAGUGUGGGACAAUUAGAAGAUCCAAGAGUGUGUCUCAUAAGAGGGAGGAGAAUAAGAUUAAGAGUACUCGUAGAAUAGAGAAGAAAUCGGGCGCAUACGAGGGGAAGAAAGAAGAGAUGGUGCUUAAAGGGAAUGCAGAGGAUUAUCAUAGUCCGUCUUCGUUUCAGCUUCUCGAGGUUUCUCGAGGAGCUCAUAAGCUGAACCAUUUGAUUGAUUCGUGGUCUAAAGGGUUGAGCUAUGAUGGGCAGUCGAAGGAUAUUGCGAAGGAUUUGCUGAAAGGAGCUCUUGAUCUUCAGGAGUCUUUGAGUAUGCUUGGUAAGUUGCAAGAGGCGUCGCAGUAUAUGGCUCAGUUGAAGAAGAAGCAGAAGGAGAAGCUAGAAAGAGGGAGAAUUGAUGAAAUAUGGAGUGAUAGAAUGAUUUCGCGUCGAUUUGGAGAUCGACAUGAUGGCUAUUCGAGAGAUUGCAUUGAGGAGCUUAGAAACUCAAUAAAGGAUGGUUUUGCUAGGCAAAAUUUGCUGCCAAAUGAAUCGAAGCGAGAGAAGAUAAGUUAUCAUAAGAGCAGGAUGGACUCAGUUACGAAUAUUGCCUCCUCUAGCUCGAGCCAAUUUUCAGUAAUUCAGUCCGAUAAUAGUCAUUCUACUGGUUCUUUUUCCUCACAGACAACUUUGCAGAAGGUGGAGAGAAGUCCAAAUUUGAUUGCCAAGCUUAUGGGCCUGGAAGAAAUCCCCUCGAAAGCAAUGAUGCAACCUUCCCUAAAACAGUUAGAGCGGAGACCGGUGUUUGAUAUCGAAAUGCCAAAGCUACGGAAGCCUCAGUAUGUUGCACAAAAGGCAAAUUCAGAGCGACGAACACUGAAGGAAAUUCUUGAAACCGUGCAGUUUCAAGGGCUUAUGGAAGACGGUUCUCCCAAGGAGAUUAAUACCAAGCCCCAUCAGUCGAAUGAUUUUCAUUAUAGAGAAAGGUCGAUUGAUGACUUUCCGCCAAUUGUACUUAUAAAACCUAGGCAUGUUUCUCGGUCAGGACCCGAAAAGGCUCCUGCUCCAACGGAUUGGGAAGAUGAAGCCUUGAGCAGAAAUAUGAUGCUGAGAAAAUUGAAGAUAAAAACUUCAAAUUCCAGGAAAAUGCAUUACAGAACUUCAGAAGCGGAGGAGAUUCCGAUGGAAAGGGUAAUCCUGGAAGAAGGGGCAAAGGAUCGCAUAGAGGAACUCGUGUUGCCAAUAGAGAAAGAAGUCAGAACCAUUGAUCAGAAAGAAGAGGCUGUACAUGUGGACAAGGUGAAGCGAAAACCGAAAGCAGAACAGGUUCCCGUGAAAAGACUUAGCCAUGAAGAAUCUAAGGAUCACAAAGAGAUAGUCAUAAAAGCAGAAGAGAAAGAGAGAAGGAGAAAAUUGAAGGACUCUUAUAAGGUAAUAGUCUCUAAUCCUGCAUUUGACCAGCAACCGAAAAAGGAGAGAACUGAUAAGAAAGUUGAUAAGAAUCAGAAGGCGGUGUCCAGUAGCAGAAAACCAGCAGAAAAGGAGAUUUUGAAGAGUAAAAUUGUAUCAAGAUCUCCAGAUCAAGCCAAGUUGACCACAACAAGGCCGAGAAAACCUGACGCUGGAUCAAUUACUACGGAUGAUCAUAUUUCACAACAUCGUGGUUCUACGCGAAAAACCAACUCAAAGCACACAACGGAAAAUAAAAUCCAUUCUUUGAAGGAUCGGAAGCAGAAGGAGAAGCAAGCCAGUGAGCCUACAUCAGCUAAACCAACUGCUGAUAUUUUAGAAUGUAAAGAAGAAGAGAAGAGGAUUGAUUUAUCAUGCAAUAAUUACUCUCAACAGAAAGAACCCGCCAUCAUAGCUGCAGAACAAUUAUCUAUAGAUGAGGACAAAAUUGCUUUGGAAUUUGAAACUGAAAAGCAUUGUGAUAUCAGCCACAGUUCUUUUUCCAUUGUUAGUAGGCCGGCUCCCAAAAGUGGAAAGGAUUCUGAAAAUUCCAAAGAAGCAGAUGAUGAAAUGACUCAAAGUAGUACUGAUAACACACGCUUCAAAACGGGAAACCUAUUAAAAGAUUUGCUUUUGAGCAGCGUUUCGUUUCUAAAUUCAGCAGAGAAGGCCUUUCAUCUCAAUGUGAGUUAUCCUAAGAUCUUGCCAACUGAAAUCCACGAUUCAGGAGUAAUUGACAUGAAACUCUGUUUAGAUUACGCAAAUGAGUUCAUCGAACGCAGAAGCCUUCCAGAUUCACAAAUAAGACAUCCUAUAAUAACAUAUAUUGCAAAUCCAAGAACUCAUCUAUCUUUAGAGCAAUUGGUGGAUGAAGUCUGUAGCGGAGUCGAAACUCUCAAAAGGUACAACAAGCUUUCUGAUUACGAAGUAUGUGCUGAUGGCGUCUAUGGAAUUCUGGAGAGAGAUAUGAUGUGCGCGGAAGUGUUGAGUGGAAUAUGGGAUUCAGGUUGGAGGAACGGAUGCUCACUGAACGAAGUUGAGCAGACGGUAAAUGGUUUAGAGAAGUUGCUUGUUAAUGAGUUAAUGGAGGAGGUGUUUUCAUGAGUUUUCUGAACUUUGAUGAUAGAUAUUUAUGAAUAUACAGAUUUUAGUUAGGCGAAACUAAUGCUCUGUAAAUAAGAGAUUUGAGUUAAUUGAAAUGGUAGAUUUGAACUUGUUAGUGUUCUCAUUCAAAUUGUUUUAUUGGAAGACCGCAUUAUGAUAUAAAUGAAGUCAAGUUUUACUGCUA